AUGGGAGAAUGUCAACCAGCCAAGCAGUUGGGUCAAAUCAGAGAAGCCGUAGAAGAUAUUCAACGUAAAUCAAGUUUUGGAGCUAGUAGAAACCUUCAAGUUCCAGAUAAGCAAUUGGAAUCUGUCUCCAGCUGGACCCGCUCGACGGCCACAGCCGAAGACGAAACAGGCGACGUCGAAGAGGCCGAAGACGGAAGUCAAGACCCAACCUCCUCUCCAUGGAACUUCCCCAACCUCAUCCUCAACGAAGCUGCCUCCAGUUCACUUCAGCCUCGUCCAUCAGCUCCUCGCUCUCGCCCAGCCCCACACAUCAACCUGCCCGAAACGCUUCCCUCGACAUCCCGCUCCCAGCUCCUUCGAAUCCUCGACACUUGGUCCUUUGACGCCAACUCGCUGUCUCCCGCCGAGAUCCGCGGCUCGCUGCAUGUGUUGCUGGCCGUCUAUCUGGAGUAUACCCCCGGCUUCACUCAGAAGCUCGCAGGCCUCGGCGUAGUCGGCCCCGAACAAUGUCUCCAAAGUCUGGUGGACACGCUUGAAGUGGCCUACGAUCAACGGAACGCCUACCACAACUUUCGCCAUGCUGUUGAUGUCGUGCAAGCCCUCUACACGAUGCUCUCACAUGAAGGCCUCGUCCCUCCUCUGGCUUGGGUUCUACAGAAGGAGUCUGCUUCCAACUCCGCCGACUCUUGGAAACGUCAACCUGUGGGACGUAUCGGCUCGUUGCUAGAUGAAAUGAGCGUAUGGGCCCUCCUUUUAGCUGCUGCUGGUCAUGAUGUUGGACAUCCGGGCCUGACUAAUGCGUUCAUGGUCAACGCUCGAACCCCUAUUGCUUCUGUAUUUCCAGACGGUGCCUUGCUGGAAAACUUCCAUCUUGUCACAUUCACGAGGAUGUUAAGAGAGCAUGGGUUCGAGAAAAUGGUUGAUGGGGACCCCGCAUUCAGGCAAGUUCUUGUCGAGGCUGUGCUAGCCACUGAUAUGGCGCGACAUUUUCCAAUUGUGGAAGAACUGAACCGCCUAGCCUCUAAGUGGGCUACAGCUCCGGAAGAUGACCCCCACAAUCCCGAUGAGCACCUAGCCGCAAAACUCUUGAUCACGGCUGGUCUCAUGAAGUGUGCAGACAUCUCAAACCCGAGCCGCCCGCAUCACAUCUCUCUGACGUGGUCUUCAUGCCUCCUGAACGAGUGGGCCCGUCAAGCAGCACUAGAAGCUGAUCUCCGCCUACCCAUUAGCGUUGUGACCCUCGAUCCUGCCGACAAGCGUGCUCAAGCUAAGAGUCAAAUCGGCUUCACCACCCUGUUUGUUCUGCCCCUCUUCACAGUCAUGGAGCAGCUCAGUCCGAAAGCAUUCCAACCAUUCGCGGACAACUGCCGGCUCGGCCUGAAAACAUGGCAACAAGUGCUCGAACAGAUCGACAGUCGCAUUCCUCUACCCCAGCCUGCCGUUCCCACCCACCCUAAACCACGCCCUCUGCACCCUUCAACUACUUCCUCAACCGACGCCAUCCUCGCUCAACAUCCUACGGAUAUCCCCCAGGAUACCAGUUCGCUACUGCCUCCGGAUGAGACUAUCUUCUCACCGUGA